AUAAUUCGCAUUCGCAUUUUAUCCGUGUAUAGUAAAAGUUAGACGCCCGCUGACACUCUCGAUUUCAUCCAGAUUAUCGGGGAAAAUGUCGACUUUAACGCGCACUAAUAGUCACAGCAAAAGGCCCCAAUAUAAAGACUAUGUGUCUUUUUUGGGCAGUUACCGGAACGAGAAAAAAGACGAUUCAAAUGGCAUUGUACCGUCCGACAGUGGAGUGAAUUUCAGUCUCAACAGUUCCGCAAAUAAUUCUUCUAAUAGUGUUUUUUCUGAUGUGAGUGAUCAUUCAAGUAAGACCAGUGUUGUAUCAGCCAAGCCCAAGCAAGUGGUAAAGUCCGAAAUGUUUAUUCAAAUCAAAAGCCCUCCAAUACAGCAGGCUUAUCCCACGCAAGUGUUCAAAGUGGAAGUUGUGGAUAAAGAGCAGCAACCAGAAAAAAAGAUAUCCGUAGGACAGACCGCAAAAAUAUUCGAGAAAAAUGACCAGGUUGAUUCAGUUGGUGACAAAGUAGCUGCAAACGGUUUGAAAGCCAAACAGAGCAGCUUCAGGCAGAAUUCUAUUGGCCAAUUGUCCAAGAAAUUUGAGAACUCAGAUGGUCAAAAUGAAACGGUUGGUAAGCGAUACGUUAAACGGGCCACCAGUAUUGGAGAAGUGUCGAAAAUUUUCGAAAACGGCAACUCGGGUGAAGAAAGAAAGCGCACCUUGCACAGGCCGAAAAAUUUCAACGCUGUUCCCAAGCCCUUCCAGGCCGACCCAGCUCCAUCAAAGACAACUGCUGAAGCAAAAAUUUCAAUCAAACCAGCCAUUUCACCUAAACCAAUCUUGGCACCGCCAGCAUUUCCCAAAUUUGUUCCAGAACCACCACGAUCUUAUACAGACAGUGUGGAUUCUGCACUUUCUUCGCUCUCAAUCUCUCCAUCACCGUCUCAAUGCGCUAGUCCUCCUCCUGGAGGUUUGCUAUCGCCACCACCUCCGCCUCCACCUCUGCCACCAUCUAGUUUCUCCUUCAAACCGGUUUCGGUCCAAAAAGUAGUUUCCAACAACUCCACUACAUUGAUCAAACCAGUCACUGUUCCUCAAACUAAUGGCCACGCUAACACCAAUGGGACCUUGGAUAAAAACGACCCAAGAGUGAAAAAGGCUGUUUAUGGUGCUCUAAGGAAUAUGUAUGGCGCUUACCAUGACCAGGCUAAUGAUUAUCUGGCUACUUUACCCAAGAACAGGGUGAGGAAGAACAAUGGACUGGACAGCAUCAUUGCCAGCAUUGCACAGGCGCGGCUUCCUUGCGUAGGUGCGGACAUCGGGCAUAUUCUACCAUCCAACGGAUAUUUACCAACGGUUAAGUUAAAAUCCGAGUCAUUAAAUACCAAUAUGGAUCCUCCACAAUGUGUCCAAAACGCGAUGAUGACAAAAGACAAGAAGCCCUUUACGUACACCCCAGGUGGUAUUGAUCUCUCUGAGGUUCGCUCACCUCGAAUGCAACGUCGCAUUGAAUGCAACGCCAAUCUGGGGGGUGCAGGCGAUAUGCCGCAGCCUCCACAGCCUCAUCACCAAAAUGUCGGCCCUCUUCCUCCUGCUGCUCUGGCUGCAAUGCGACCUCAAACGCAGGUCCAAGUCUUUCCUGGUCCACCUCCACCUCCACCCAUGUCUAAGGGUAUUCCUCCUCCCCCUCCACCUCCGACCUGCCCACUUCCUACGCAAAAAGUAACAACGGGUGAUAACCAAGUGUUAGAGAGGCCCGACAUGACCAAAAUUAUUCCUGAUAAUCCCAUGGCACUGUUGAGAAAAACCGGAGGACCUGCUCCAAGAAAGUCCGUAGUGGACCAAAUGUUUGAGGAACAGGUCAGACAGCCACCUGCACCUCCUCAGAGGAACUUGGAGGCUCAGUCGCCCAGAUACCCGCCCAAUGUUGUAGAACGGCCAGGGCCAGUUUCCCCACCCAUUCAGCAGCAACGUCAACCCCAAGUAUACCAGCAACCCCCUCAGCAAUAUCAACCUCCAACUCCUCCACAAAAUCAGUAUCAACCAGCUCAAAGUCCUCAAGCUCAAUAUCAGCCUCCUCAGGCUCAAUAUCAACCUCCGCAGCCCCAAUAUCAGCCUCCUCAAGCCCAGUACCAGCCCGUUCUGGUGCAGCAAAGAUCUACUGACUCGCCGAAACCGGCAGGAUUUCAUCCUCCCAUUAUUGAAAGACAGCAGACUUUGCCCAGACAGGAGCAGCCUCAGAAAAAUGUUAGCUCUAGUGUUGGAUCCUUGUACAUACCUCCACUUCAACAGCAACAAAAGGUGCCAACACCACCUGAGCGGGAACCUACAGUUCAAUCACCUGGAGCUACUUUGAAAGAGGCGCCUCGUCCAUGGCAGCAACGUGCUCCGCAGCAGGAAAUCCCCCCUUGGGCUAAAAAAGAAGACGUUGAGCAAAUACAACCGACUGCUCAGUCUCCGCCAUCCGCACCAAACAGGCAAAACAGGUGGCAACCACAAGCGAGUCCAGUUCCGCAACAAGCGCCUCCUCAACAACCUUUCAUGCAGCAAUCUCCUGGUCAGCAAUUUGCUCCCAGAACACCUCAAGCGCAUCAACAGCAAUCUCCCAGAUCACCGCCAGCUCAACAGCCCAACUCAUUCCCUGUUCACAUUGAAAUUCGCACGAUUCCCGGUCAACCGGAUCAGGAAUCUGGACAGAGAAAUCCAAAUGCUGUUUACAUUACUCAGCCCCUUGUCUUGCAACAUCCUGGUCCCCUAAUUGAGCCACCAUACAAAGGCCAACCAAGGCCUCAACAAUCCCCACAGCCAUAUCAACAACAGCAACCGCAACAAUAUCAACCACCUAGACAAGUGUUGCAACAACAGGCAAACGUGGAUGCUUCGGGUGCCAGGAUUAUUCCCAUUCAAGUUGAGGGCAGAACAACUCCUUCUACACCGGGUGCUGAAAGGAAUCUGAGCCGUCAACUUAGCUCUGGAAGUCAGCCACCGCAAUCCAGUUCUUUUAAAGUAAUUCAAAAGAUGACUAAAACGGACGACGAAGAAGACGAUACUCCUUUAACCCAGCAUUCUGCGCGAUACACCCAGGAAAUGCCCGAACAAGUCAGAAGAAUGAAAGUUAACGAUAAUAGGAAUUUUAGACAAGGUCCUCAACAACCGAACAAUGUUAAUAGGAAUGUUCCUGUCCAAGCUGAAGGUAAUGGACAACAGCAAUAUGUUCAUCCUAGUGAGCAAGUAGUACCUGAGCCAAAAAAAUACAUGGGAAGCAACAUCCCGAGUAGAUCAUUCAAAAUAUUGCAAGCGAUGACCGCGCCGGCAGAUAGUAGUGCCAAUGCCAACAACAACGACGAAUUACCCUAUAGUCCAGUUUUUCACCCUUAUGGUUACCCCUAUUACCCACCAUCCUAUUGGCCCGAUUACUAUCCCAACUUUUACCCUCCUGAACAAUCAGAACCGAUAGGAAAUAACGAUAAACCGUUUACGAAAGGUGGAAGAUCUACUCCCCUGCCGCCAAAUUAUUGGCAUGAUUAUUACCCGCAUAAUUAUCCACAAGAGCAAUCAGACUCUACAUCGAAAAUGAGCGAUAGAAGUUCUAAAGGUUCAUCGAAAAGUGGACGAUCCACCCCACUGCCUCCUGCGGUGCCUCUUCCUCCUCCAAUGCCGCCACCGUAUUGGGGUUACAUGCCACCUCCCACUCUCUAUAGACCUAGAAGCACUACUCCUAAACCCGACAAAAUGUUUCGACCACAAACUCCCAAACCAACUAGCGAUUAUUCAGCUACCAAUCUGGAAGAUAACUAUCAUUACCCAGUGUAUCCCCCGUAUUUUGAUCCUUAUUACUACAGCUAUUAUUAUGGAUAUUCACCGAUGAUGCCACCUUUCCCUUACUACCAUCCUGCAUCUUCAGACGCGGACGAAUAUGGAGGCUACUCGUCAAUGGACGAAAUGGCCAACUAUAACCCAAAUAGUAGCGCUUCUAUGAAAAGAAGAAAUAGCUUGGAAAAUAGUCCGAACAGUGUUCAAGCUUUAAAGCAACACUUUGAAAUUCGCAGCAAAUCAGCUACUCCCAGAAUCACAAUAACGCCAACAUAUUCUCAGGAGAAUCUAAACGUUAACAUACCUCCUGAUAGAGCUAAAGAAAUGGAAGAUUCCGACACGGAAGUCGAAGAAGAUCAGUCAACACAAGGUAGCAACUUGUGCAGAUUGCGGUCUAUAAAAUCCGUUCAAAACCUGAACAAUUACGUUACAACCGACCAAUUAAAGCAUGAAGACAAUGACUCUUCAGACAGUGAAGAAUCUUCCACGGAAGAAGAAACAGACCCAGAAGAAGAAACUUCAAUAGAACGCAGCAGUGAAGCAAUAAUCCCACAUCAGCUCAGCAUUAUUUAUGAAGAAAGCGAACGCGGCGAGUCUAGACGUUCUUUCAGAUGUAACAGUGUAGCUAGUGAAGCCACUACUAUUGCAGAACAUUACAGUGAAGAAGAAACCGAAGAAGACUUCUUGGCGAGUCAAAAUGUAAAAUAUAAAAUAAAGCUGUUUCAAGAAUCCAGUGAAAGUUUUGCAGUUCGUUCUGCAGACGCACAGAAUGGUUUCACUGUGGAACAAGAGGUCCAUAAUAUAUCAACGUUCAGUUUUAAGGAUUCUCGGACUGUAUCAAUCAAAAACGCAGGUAACUCUGGUGAUAAUAUAGAAAGUAGAAUAACUAUUGAGGAGCUGGAAGACACAGAAUCUGAUGCUUCAAGUGAAAGCCUAGGCGAAGGGUCAAACUUGGAAGAAGAAAAUACCGCUAACAACAGCGUUGAAGAGAUCAAGUCUCAACAGAUGUCUGAGAAUAUCAUUAAAGCUGCCUGUAAACAAAGCGAUGAUGACUGGUGGGGAGUAAUUGAAACCGACACCAAUGUAAAUAUAAAUAAAAAUGGGAUACAUGAGACUACUAGUAUUAGCAAAACAGAAUGUGAUAAAGAAAAUUUGAAGGCUGAAUCUGUGAUGGUUGCAAUAGGAGAAGAAAUUACUUGUGUUAAGCUGCGAAAUAAACGUGGAAGAAAUUGCAGCCUUUCGGAAAAAGAUAACAGUCAAGGUGAAGAAGCAACUGUUGGUGAAAAUACUGAAUCUAGUGAUUUAUUCCUAACAGCCGUUCCGCAAAGGAAUAGCAUCUACGAUAUUCUGAAAACAAACGAAGAUGAAGAAGAGGAGCAAAUAUUAUCCGCGGGGACACUAAUGAGAGUGGACAGUUUUGCCUCUCAGCUUGAAGCAAUAAAAAGAAACUCUGGACUAUUUAGCUUUGAAGACAAUAGCUGUAACAAGCCUCAAAAUAUUAUUAAAGAGGAAAGUUUUGAUAGCGAGUGUCCGGAAAUUACAGAAGACAUAAACUUGCAUAAUGAUUGUAAAGCUUCUGGCAAAAAUGAAAUGGAAACAAACAGUGAAGAUCAAAUCGCAUAUAACGAAGAGUCGGACGACAUAGACUUUUGGAGCCAAAUUAAAAAUGAUGAAGACGACUUUACUCCUAGAAGAAAGACUUUCUAUCUAGAUGAGGAAGACAAUGAACGCAGCUCAGAAAAUGCAGAAACCUGCGCAGAUGCAGAUCCAAAAAACCUCCAACAUUUCAGCGAUUCUACUAACUCUAGUGAUAGCAGUUCUAGUAAGAGUCGAGAGACAGAAGAAUUGCAUCCAUCGGCAGACCACACUUGCUAUAAGAAUUCAAAGGAAAUUGAAACUACUGAAGAUAAAGAAGAAGAAGAAGAAGAUUCUGAAGAUGAAGACGAUACGGACACAUCUGAAGACGAGCAACAAUAUAAUACGGAAAAUCAAACAAGAAUUCAAUACAGCAACAGUAGAUCCGGAUCACUCGAACCACAGACGAUUAAAGAGCGAAUUGAGGCGCUUCGCAACAGUAUUGCCCAGAAGCAGAAAACAGUAAUAGACAAGGAAGAUGCAACGGUUUCGUCGGUGAAAACCAAAAUUUCAUCCAUGGAAGUUCCCUGUGAAAGUCGCAGUAAAACUGCUUCUACUAAAAGCAGCAUAAAGUCGUUCGAAGAAUAUUCUGAAGAAGAAGAACUGGAUUCGGGAGUCAUAUCGGAUAUUUCACGGCAUAUCAGCGACAGUGAGGAGUAUCCAGAGCUAAGAAAAUUGACAAGAUAUGAACGCGCCGCCACACAUUCUCGUUUAUUUAAACUCUUGCAAGAUGAAUGUGACAUAGAAGAGGAGGAGGAAGACGAGGUGUUUGUUAAAAAAGAAGACAAGUUUAGCAAGCUAUCGGUUAGACAAAAUAGAAGAGAAAACCAGUUGUCACCUAGCAGAAGCAAACUGAGCUUACCGUUAAAGUGCAGCGAAAGUGACGAAAUCAAGGGAUCUCAAAUAAAUGAAAAGCUUGUGGAAGAACUAGUGCAAAGCCUUCUUAAAUCUAAGAAAGCGCAAACUUUCAAAAAUAUGCCGAAAGAGAAACUGUAUGCUGCCGCAGUGACUAUUCUUCAAGAGGGAAUUGAUAGCGGUGAAACUCCUUCGGAAGAAUUCAGUAGCCUCUUGUCCCCCAUGCGAGGAGGAACUGAAAAUAGUACUCCCGCCCAAACUCCUAAUGAGUUUUAUGGAGACUAUAGCGAAUAUAAGCAAUACUACGACUCGUGGAGCGAUGCCGCUGUAGAAAUAAUACCGUCAAAAGCAUUCAAAUUGCUUCAAGAACAUAUUGGAGCGAACAAAUUGGGUUCGAUAGAAGGAAUUUUGGCAAAAUGUCCGCGAAUAUUAUCCUCGAAAAAUAUCCCAAAAGAAAUACAAAAACUUUUGGCGGAAAAUGGUUCUGAUUGUUCGAGCUCUCCGUCCAAAAUCCCACCCAAUUCGAACGACGUAACGAACACUUGAAUUGACGAAAUUGGAUUUUUAAGUGCAAAAAACUUGUUGGACACAUGGUCCGUUUGAAGAGGUUUAGGACCCGAUCAAUCCGAUUUUUAGAAAUCUCACUAAAGAAGUACUGAAACGAAGAAGUGAAGGUGUAGUGAAAAUAUUAAACAUAAAGAAAAUUAUAUGAAGAGAGCUUUACUUUUAAGCAUAACUGGGUGUUUAUUUUAGAUUUUGCUUAAAAACCUGCAUUUUCAAUUCCAUUAAUGCAAUUCUUAUGUUAAUACUUAAUACAUAUCAAUCCCACCGCUUAGGAAUGUUAUUUUUUAUUGUUAAAUAAUUUUAAUUAACCGCUAAAUGUAGUAUAUAUAUGAAUUACACUUGACAAGCGCCUUGGAAAUAAUUAUAUUAAUAUACUUUAUAAUAUGUGCUUAUUAUUUUAAUGUCUGGAUUCUAAAUAUCGUCAGCUUAACGAUGAAUUUUUGUAAACGUUAAAUAAAUCUGAAGCUAAUUAGCGAAUUUUUUGUCGAAUGUACCAAGUUUGUAAAGCGUCUAAAAAUUAUUAACUAGAUAAAUUAUUUUAAAUAGUUAUUAAUUUUCUCGUUUCGUGUUAUGUAAUUAUUGUUGGUUUUGUGAAUGAUGAGUAUGCUAAAAUGAUGACCUGAUUACUUAUUGUUUUAUUUGUAUUGUAUAUUAUUGAUAAAUAAAUGUUAUCUACUAUAUCUACUUACAAUGUUCUACAGAGUGUAUUAAAUAAUGUAUUUUUAAUAAAUAUCUUCAAAUAUCA